GCUGAAAUACUUGAAUUAUCAAACCCAUGUUCAGGAUAUAAAAGCAACACAGUACAGCACUGGAAAAAACACUCUGGGUUGACUAAUGUGUAGGCCUGUGUUACAGUAUGGGUUGUAUCUUCUGGGAUGGAUGUCGCUCCAUUCAUCUGAGGAGACUCCGUUGUGAGUGUGGGAGGAGGGGCGAGAGGGAAUCCCAGGAAGGGGUUACAAAUAUCGCGUUGCUGCUGUCGCCCCGUCCAGUCUCUAGUUUGAUAGGAAGUGAGGGUAGAAUAGCAACGAAUGAAUGAAUGACAGGAGUUCAAACUUUCUGUGUUAUUGUCGAAGAGGGACGAGAGGGCAGGACGUGCUCUCCUCACUCCCGGUGAUGUUUACGGGACCGGACAGGCUCCUCCGCGGCGAAUCAGCGGCAAUGUCAGCCCGACCGAGGAGCUGAAGGAUGAAGCGCGUCUCAGAACAGCGCUGCUCAACUACCUCUCGUCCGGUUGUUUUCGCCUGCGCUGAGCUGUGAACACGUUAUUCUUUUGUAGCCGAACGUGGGGGACACGCUCACGUUUCUGCGGGAGAUUGUUGUGACAGAACAGGAGAAGUUGGGUUCAGGAUCGGAUCGGCUGCUCCUACGUGGAUAUUGUGAUUACAGGGAUUGUUCAGGCCUCCAGUCGCUCGGCUGGACAGCAUCAAAGUGCACAAACCUCUGGCAAAAUGUCAAGGAUGCUCCGAGAGGGAGCGCACACCGCAGAGGCAGCAGCAUGACUGUGAACACUCAGAUACAGGACUCAGAUCAGAAGUGGGUCUGAGAGAACCAUCUUGUUUUUUUUAAAGAGACAUUUAUAUUCAUCACACAGAAUGGAGCGGCUUGACAUUUGUGUAUUUUCGUGGGCUUCCUCGACGUGACACGGGACUCCCUUUCCUCUCUGUGUGUGCGCCUCUUUGGCUCCGAGUGCGCCUGGACGCGGCUGCUGCUGUGCAGUUCGGGUGUGAACUGGAUGCCGCAGCCCUGCUGGGUCAAAACACAGAUUAGCGAAGGGUCAAGAGAUUGUUUUAGUGAGGGGAAAUCCCCGCCAGGAGCCCCACCGCUCUUCAUUACGACAUGGAUGACUCGGGGAUAAUACGGCGCCGGAGGCUGCAGGAUUUGCCACUGCCUCGCAAGAAUAGCAGUUGUCGUACAAGCAACAGGAAAAGUCUGAUCCUGACCACCACCUCUCCUACGCUGCCACGCCCACACUCCCCUCUGCCUCUCCCUGGACACCUCGGAAGCAGCCCUCUGGACAGCCCACGAAACUUCUCCCCCAGCAACCCGGCGCACUUCUCGUUUGCCUCCUCCAGAAGAGCGGAUGGGCGCCGCUGGUCUUUAGCAUCUUUGCCCUCUUCUGGGUAUGGUACAAACACUCCCAGCUCAACAUCGUCAAGCUCCUCUCAGGAGCGGCUGCACCAGCUGCCCUUUCAGCCCACCAUGGAUGAGCUCCACUUCUUAUCCAAGCACUUUGGCAGCACUGAGAGCAUCACAGAUGAUGAUGGGGGCCGCUGCUCUCCCCACAUGCGCCCACGCUCCCGCAGUCUCAGCCCAGGACGCUCCUCCUCCUGCUAUGAUAAUGAGAUAGUCAUGAUGAACCAUGUGUACAAGGAACGCUUUCCAAAGGCCACAGCACAGAUGGAGGAGAGGCUGGCUGAGUUCAUCCAGGCUUACUCUCCUGAAAAUGUUCUUCCUCUGGCUGACGGAGUCCUCAGCUUCAUCCACCACCAGAUCGCAGAGUUGGCCAGAGACUGCCUGACCAAAGCCUGCGAGGGCCUCAUCACGUCUGUCUACUUCUUUGAGCUGCAGGAGAAUCUGGAGAAGCUGCUUCAUAAUGCCUGGGAGCGUUCAGAGAGCUCUGAAGUAGCCUUCGUCACAGAGUUGGUGAAGAAGCUCCUCAUCAUCAUCUCUCGACCUGCCAGGCUUCUGGAGUGUCUUGAGUUUAACCCUGAGGAGUUCUACCAUCUGCUGGAGGCAGCGGAGGACCACGCCAAGGAGGGUCAUUUGAUGAAAACUGACAUUCCUCGUUACAUCAUCAGCCAGCUUGGACUGACCAGAGACCCUAUUGAAGAGAUGGUAAACCUCGAUAGUUAUGACAGCGAGGGACCGCUAACACCUGAAACUGAUGACUCGACAGAGGGUAAGAUCAGAGCAAUCAAACCACCAGGGGAAGCAGACUUCCAGACCAUCAAGCUGAUCAGUAACGGAGCAUACGGCGCUGUGUAUCUGGUCCGCCACCUGGAGACACGUCAGCGUUUUGCCAUGAAGAAGAUUAACAAACAGAACCUGAUCCUGAGGAACCAGAUCCAGCAGGCCUUUGUGGAGAGAGACAUCCUUACCUUUGCAGAGAAUCCCUUCGUCGUCUCCAUGUUCUGUUCCUUUGAAACCCGUCGGCACCUCUGCAUGGUCAUGGAGUACGUUGAAGGUGGAGACUGUGCCACUCUGCUGAAGAACAUCGGGGCUCUGCCGGUGGAGAUGGCACGCAUGUACUUUGCAGAAACUGUCCUAGCACUGGAGUACUUACACAACUAUGGCAUUGUCCACCGUGAUCUCAAGCCCGACAACCUCCUGAUUACCUCAAUGGGCCACAUCAAGCUGACAGACUUCGGCCUGUCUAAGAUGGGUCUGAUGAGUCUGACCACCAAUUUGUAUGAAGGACACAUAGAGAAGGAUACUCGGGAGUUUUUGGAUAAACAGGUGUGUGGAACUCCAGAGUACAUUGCUCCGGAGGUUAUUCUUCGUCAAGGUUAUGGGAAGCCAGUGGACUGGUGGGCUAUGGGCAUCAUCCUGUAUGAGUUCCUGGUGGGCUGCGUGCCUUUCUUUGGAGACACUCCAGAGGAGCUGUUUGGACAGGUCAUUACAGAUGACAUAGUGUGGCCUGAAGGGGAUGAGGCUCUCCCUGUUGACGCCCAGCACCUGAUCUCCUCCCUCCUGCAGACGAAUCCACUGGUUCGACUGGGCACAGGUGGUGCUUUUGAAGUGAAGCAGCACCCCUUCUUCACAGAGGUGGACUGGAACAGCUUGCUGAGACAGAAGGCAGAGUUUAUUCCUCACCUCGAGUCAGAGGAAGACACUAGUUAUUUUGACACCCGCUCUGAGCGCUACCAUCAUGUGCAGUCAUAUGAUGAGGACGAUACCAAUGAUGACGAGCCUGUGGAGAUACAUCGCUUUUCAUCUUGCUCCCCUCGCUUCAGCAAGGUGUAUAGCAGUAUGGAGCAUCUGUCUCAGCUGGAGCAUAAACCUCCCACCGUGACUCUACGAGAGCACAAGGUCCCCAGGGAGGAUCGAGUGGCUAAGAGGGAAAGCCUGGGUAGCCUCACUCUCAGGGACAAGAGCUGGAGGACUGGAUCACCUGAAAUGAAGCGCUUGUCCUGCUCUGAGUCCUCCUUCACUGAGAGCGACUCCAGCCCACCAUCAGGGGCCCGAAGACGCUUCUCUGCCCUCAUGGAUACACACCGCUUGGCUUCCCCUCUGGAGGUCGACUCUGAGCUGCCUGUCCCCAGCAGGCAGCCUUCAGUGAAGGCCAGGGGGGCUUCCCUGGAAGGAGCCAUGGGUGCCAUCUCCUCUCAAGGUGAUCUGAGAACAUUCCUUAAAGACAGCAAUGGGUUCACAGCUGGAGAUAAGCUUUUGAGACCUGCUGAUGCAUCGUUGCCUCUACCAGCCAGUGCUACUGUUCUGGGACUUCCAGACACACAGGGGCCCCGUGGGGCCACCACUGACCUGGUGCUGCGGAGGGUUCGCCACCAGCAGCUCUCAGCUGAUGGAGAAAAACGUAGCUCACGACCAGGAACCAAAGUUAUCAAAUCUGCUUCUGCUACUGCUUUGUCUGUCAUCAUUCCUGCAGGUAAAGUGGAGCAACAUGGAGCCUCCCCUCUAGCAAGCCCCAUGUCUCCUCGCUCCCUCUCGUCCAACCCCUCCUCCCGUGACUCUUCUCCCAGCCGAGACUACUCUCCAAUGGUCAACGUACUGCAUUCUCCAAUCACCAUCUACCGCUCUGGGAAGAAGUAUGGCUUCACCCUCCGCGCAAUCAGAGUCUACAUAGGAGAUGGUGAUGUCUACAGUGUACAUCACAUGGUCUGGCAUGUGGAGGAUGGCGGCCCCGCCCAGGAGGCUGGACUUAGUGCAGGUGAUCUCAUCACUCAUGUAAACGGAGAGUCAGUCCACGGUCUGGUCCAUACAGAGGUGGUAGAGCUCAUCCUGAAGAGUGGAAACAAGGUGACAGUUACAACUACUCCCUUUGAGAACACCUCUAUAAAAGUGGGUCCUGCCCGCAAGUCCAGCUAUAAAUCCAAGAUGGCACGGCGCAGCAAGAGAACAGGAGCCAAAGAGGGACAAGAUAAGAAGCGCAGCUCCCUGUUCAGGAAAAUCACCAAGCAGUCCAACCUGCUCCACACCAGCCGGAGCCUCUCCUCGUUAAAUCGCUCUCUGUCCUCUGGAGACAGUCUACCCGGCUCCCCCACCCACAGCCUCUCCGCCCGCUCACCCACUCAGAGUUUGCGCUCUACUCUGGAAUCCCCUUACCUGGGCAACUCCUCCCAGAGCAGCUCUCCGGCAUCCAGCACCCCUAACUCCCCAGCAGCCUCUCACCACAUGAGGCCCAGCUCUCUGCAUGGCCUGUCCCCCAAACUUCACCGCCAAUACCGCUCUGCGCGCUGCAAAUCUGCCGGCAACAUCCCUUUGUCCCCCCUAGCUCACACCCCCUCCCCAACCACUUCCUCUCCCCCGCCUCUCAGCGGCCACACUGUAGGGAGCUCCAACACCACACAGAUGUUUCCUGCCAAGCUGCAUUCCUCGCCUCCUGUUGCCCGCCCUCGUCCCAAGAGCGCUGAGCCCCCUAGAUCUCCCCUGCUGCAAAGAGUGCAGUCGGCGGAGAAGCUAGGAGCACCUAUUCUGCCUUCCUCCUCUUCAUCAUCAUCGUCGCCCUCUCCUCUGACAGGUGGAGUGUCAUUACGUAAGCACAGCCUGGAGGUGACACAUGGGGACUACAGGAGAGAAUCCUUCCACUGUGAGCAUAGCCUGCAAAGUCUGCUUGAGAUGGAGGGAGAGAAUGGACCCGCUCCACCAUCUCCUUCAUCAUCGUCUUCCCCUUCUCCUCCCAUGGGAGGCGAGAUUGGAGGCCUGAAGCCUGUUAGGAGGCUGGGAAGGCAGGAGUCACCACUCAGCCGUGACACAAUGCUCACAUCGAGAGAGAAAGAUACUCAAACAACAGCAUCUGAGCUCACUGGGUCCCAAACUGAGAGCAAAAUGCCUAAAGCUGAGUCCAAGACCAAUGUUGUUGACACAAGUAAAACAUUAUCCACUGCUGAGGCUUUAAAGAGUAACGUAAGUGCUGCUGCAGUGGAGACCAAGUCUAGUUCAGUGCCGGCUCAGUCCACUUCAGAGACCAAGUCCAGCCCUGGGGACAAACCUCCAAGUGCAAGCACUCCGAGUUCUGAGGCAACAGUCUCUAAGAGUAAAGUCAGUGAGAAAUGCUCUACUCCAGUCACAUCAAAGAGCCUGCAGCAACAAGAUAGUGCGAAGCAGAAUGCAAAGACAGACAGUGGCUCUGCAAGUAAAGCUCUAGAGAAGACUGUGGAGAAAGCAAAAGGCAUUGGGGGUCCAGAGAAAGGUAACAUGCAGAAAUCAACUCCAGAGCAAACCAAGCAGCGUAAAGGCACAGAGACAGAAGAGAAAGGAGGCAUCAGUGGUAGUGAUAAAAAAAUUGAGACGUCUAAGGUUAAAGGACCUGCACCCCCGGUUCCGACCCAGGUUCAAACCCAAGCUGCAGCCCAUGUUCCAGCUGCACCCAGAUCCAAGGUGGAGAAGGUGUCAAGCAGUUAUCGUGGGGCCAAAGAGGAGAGGGCACAUCUGGAGGUCCUGGAAGAGAAUCCCAUGUCACCCUCCUCUAACGCAGCCUCACCCUGCUCGAGCAAGUCACGCCCUGUGUCUCCGGGGGAUAAAGCCAGCUUUGUUACUCAACUCACGAGUGUGGCCAAAACAGUACUCGCACCCAUAAAAGGGGGGGGAUCACAAGAGGGGACCAAGGCAAAAGACACCUCUAAGUCAAGUGAGGAGAAGCGGGGAACCACAGCAGGAAAACCAGAGGCUUCGACGGGAAGUGGCCGUCGGGGGGCUCAGACAGCAUCCUCACCAAGUGCUGUCACCGUCCAAUCAGAUAAGGGAAACGCUCGCAGCUCUAAGCACCAUUCAUGAUAAAGGAGCUUCAGAAAGGGUCAGACUCUCCCAUGCAAUGCCUUUUACUGUAGCGUCAUACUGACAUAUCAUGAAUCAACUUGACUUUACACCUUUGAAUGAAGUGAAAACAUAAAUGCCUGAAGAAAAAAACACCAAAUAGAUGACAUGUGACAUGUAGACAAAAAAAAAAAGAUCAAGAACAAAGAAGCAUCAGUUGGAAAAUGUGUGCACAUGGUAUCAUAAUGUAGGCCCGUGUAUGUUCUGUUCAUCACAAUGUGUUGUAUAUAUAUUAAAAAAAAAAGCAUAUGUCUUAAUGCAUGUUUGGCAUUGUACAUGGAAAAUGAAAGAAUAUUUAAAGAGAAAAUAUAAAGCAGACCUUAAGGUAGUGAACACUGUGAACAACUUUUCAACCGACCACAGGCAUACUGUUAUCUACGUAUAAACAGGCAGGAUUCUGUUAUAAACGGGCAUUACUCACAGUCCAGAUCAGUUCUAGUGCCAUCAUUUAGUUCAGUUGAAAUUGUAAAAGUACAACACAUACUGUAUUGCCAUAACGUUUAGUUACAAAAGCGUUUAGGCACAGAAAGACUUGCCAUGUAAUGAAGAAUAUAACAAACUGCUUAUGGAAACUGGACGAAGAUACCAAAAUGCUUGCAGUGAUGGAGUUAGAGGGUGAAUCGGCUGGUUUUCUCUCAGAUCGGUUUAAGGGCUGAAUCCCAGUGGAAUCAAGGUAGAUUAGAUGAACUUGCACAGGGACACUAUGCAAUGUGCUAAUGAUACCACUUUUGGUGUCCCCAAUUACUAAGUUUACAUUUUGCUGUAGACAAGAAAAGAGGAUGAAGGAAAGGGUUGCAAUAAGCCAAGCAAACACAUUUUGUUUUAAAAGUUGUCUCCAUUGAUCGUAGUGAAAUGUGCAAUUAUAUAUUUUUGGCUACUAGGUGAAUAGAUUAGUGUGUUCAGAUGGUGAAGAGGACAAAAAGUGCGCAAAAACCAUAAUGAAACUAGCACUUAAUGGAGAAUAGGCUAGAAAUGCUCUGUCACUCACUCUUUUCUAUUUAUGCAGACGUACGGUAUAUUGUAUAAUGUCACGUGUGAAGGAAAAUGCCAAUGUUUUUAUUUAGGGAUAAUGUGAUUUUUUGUUUGUUUACAGUUAAAUGUAUGAUAAUAUGCAAACCUACAGUGCCCAGUUCCAGUAAAACUGAGCACCCUUGUCAGUGAUAUAGUAGUAGGCUAUACACGAAGCCAGGAUUAGAUUUGUUGAGAGCAUCUUGAUGGUGAGGUCCUGUUUGUUCUUGUGUGUGUACUUAAAAUGAUCUUGAUAGUUUUGGGACAUCAGGCUCAGACUUGUCGUAGGCUGCCACCUUGUGGACGACAUCACAUGACACCAAAAGAGAGCUCCUGAGUUACAAGAAAAAGGUCAGCUCAUGAAAUUAAAUCACUGAUUAGUGUUAGAUUUAAUUAGAAAUCUGAUGUCUUCUGUCUGUGGAACUUUCCAUCUCAUACAUUAUAAUUCUGAUGCAUAAUUUAUUUUGUCGAUAAAGACAUUUAGAUCAAUUUCAGAAGAGUUUUGCAGCCUGAGUCUUAGCUUAAAGAGUCUUUAUUUUAUCCAUUAUGAUGUGGUGGUUUAAACAGACAUUAGCCAGAUGUUUUAACAUUAAACACCAGUGUUUUGUGUGUGAUGUGAGAAAAUUGCACUUUAUUUGGUGUCAAAUA